GCUCGGGGCCAGCGCCGCUCGCUCCGCAUCCCUCUCCUCCAGGCUCCUGGAGCACUCCCAUCGCCGUCUGCAGUCCCAGGCCCCGCCAUGGGGAAUGUGCCAUCAGCGGUGAAGCACUGCCUCAGCUACCAGCAGCUUCUCCGGGAGCAUCUCUGGAUCGGGGAUUCAGUGGCUGGGGCACUUGACCCUGCGCAGGAAACAUCCCAGUUAUCUGGACUCCCUGAGUAUGUUAAAAUAGUAGAAGUUGGACCUAGGGAUGGAUUGCAGAAUGAAAAGGUUAUAGUUCCUACAGACAUAAAAAUUGAAUUUAUCAAUCAACUUUCCCAAACUGGCUUGUCUGUAAUAGAAGUGACCAGCUUUGUGUCCUCCAGAUGGGUACCACAGAUGGCUGAUCACACUGAAGUGAUGAAAGGCAUUCAUCAAUACCCAGGAGUUCGAUAUCCUGUCCUUACUCCUAAUCUUCAGGGUUUUCACCGUGCUGUUGCUGCCGGAGCCACCGAGAUAUCAGUUUUUGGUGCCGCAUCUGAAUCCUUUAGCAAGAAGAAUAUUAACUGUUCUAUUGAAGAAAGCAUGGAGAAGUUUGAGGAGGUUGUUAAGUCGGCAAGGCACAUGAAUAUUCCAGCACGAGGGUAUGUGUCUUGCACCCUGGGCUGUCCGUAUGAAGGAAACAUCACACCACAAAAAGUGACAGAAGUAUCUAAAAGAUUGUAUGGCAUGGGCUGUUAUGAGAUCUCUCUAGGAGACACUAUUGGAGUGGGAACUCCAGGAAGCAUGAAAAGAAUGUUGGAGAGUGUCAUGAAAGAAGUCCCACCCAGUGCGCUUGCUGUUCACUGCCAUGACACGUAUGGACAAGCCUUAGCAAAUAUCCUUACGGCCCUUCAGAUGGGAAUUAAUGUGGUGGACUCUGCAGUAUCAGGAUUAGGUGGUUGUCCGUAUGCAAAAGGUGCCUCUGGGAAUGUAGCCACUGAGGAUUUGAUAUAUAUGCUUAAUGGCUUGGGGCUCAACACAGGUGUCAAUAUUUACAAAGUGAUGGAAGCUGGUGACUUUAUUUGCAAAGCUGUGAAUAAAACCACAAACUCUAAAGUAGCACAAGCCUCCUUCAAUGCUUGACUUGAAUAAAUUUGUGACUUAAGGCUGAGAAGAUCCAUUUCAUCUACAGAUACUCAUCUGAAAAUCAUUACUAUCAAGUAGUUCUGAAAUGUGAAGUAAUAGACAAGAGUGGGGUAAAAAAGAUAUAAUUUUAAAGUAUAUUACUGGACAAAUUAUGAAAUCAGUGGAAAGUAAUAUCCAGUCAUCGGUAAAUUGGAAGCUGAAGUAAAACACUACAAUUUGUAGAUAUGCUUUUGAACUUGGAGAAAAGUCUACUCUUUUGCUCCAAUAGAAAUAACUUUUUAAUUUAGUAGAUGUGAAAAUUAACUUCAGGUUUCCCUAAGUAUCAAAUACUGUGUUAAUACUUAAUCAAGCUGGCUUAGCACAGUAUACAUAUUGUCAGUGGUUUAUGAGCUUCUGCGUAGUGUGCAAAGUGUGUGGCCUCAGUCCUAUGCGUUAUGCCUCUGGAUCUCAACUUUCCAUUUGCCAAGUCAGUUAAAUUAUGAACCAAGCGCCAAAUCUCCAUCUGACCGUACAUAAUUUUUAGCAAUAGAACUUUUAUAUUUCAAGUAUGGCUAACAUCUGUUAACUAUUUCAGCGACUUUAUCUUGUUCCAAGAGGCUGUGGUCAAUGGCAAGAUGCCAUAUGCUGGAAACAUUACGACCUCCCAUGUUUGUGAUAUGCAUCCAGUUUACCAUACGUUCUCUUUCAUCAAGUUUAGUAAAAACAAGCAUGGUGUUACUCAACUAUUGAAAAAUAUAAGGUUCAACUGUCAUCUCAGUGUCUCAGCUGCAGUGAUAAGAACAGAUUGAUACAUAGAGUAUAAUCCACUUUGGUAAUUUUCAGGUCACAUUCAAAUUGCCUGAGGAAAUGUCACUAUGAUCCUAAGAAUAGUAAGGCAGUUUUUAAUUCAUGAAACAAAAUAAAACAAAACUGUUUUCAUUGAUUCCAGGUACUUUGAUUAAAAUGUGAUCACUUUUGGUUGACUUUAUGGUAAUUUUUAAUGUUGAAAUGGCUGAAAUUUUAUCUUUUGCAAUAGAAAACAUUGCCAGGAAUAGCAAAAGUUAAUAUGUCAAAGUGGAGAGGAGGAGCAGAAAGACUAUGUUAAGAAAAAGCAUUUCUGUAACCUAUGCAAAUCACAUGGGGACAGAAUUAUUAAAUGUGGGUCUGAAUCAUCAGUUCUGUUUAUGUAGUCUUCUCCAGCAAUACUUGGUGAUCUUAUCUUUGAAUAAAUUUUAAUAUCUUUAAAUAUGCA